AUGAGUCAUCAGGAAGGAUUGCAGAAUAACUUGUUUCUUUUUUAUUUGCAUUUUAUUCUUAUUUUAAAAUUUAUUAUUAUUAUUAUUAUUGUUGUUAUUUUUUAUUUUUUUAUUUUUAGUAGCAUCCUUGCCUGUGCCUUAGCAAGGAUAGCUGGUGGCCUUGAACACCAGAAAAACAGUGCUGGCUCUUUGGGCCAAGCUUGUUACUAUUCCCAUUGCCAAGAACACUGUCCUGAUCAGAUGUGUCCAUCCCUUUCUGACUCAGUGGCUCCCACCAAAAUUAACCUCCCGAAGGAAUGA